AUGAAUGAACCUUUUCAAUUAGUUACGAAUUCCACUUUCAAAGGAAAAGAUUAUCUAAUAAAAAUGUGCAUAUUAAAUUCAAAAAAAUUAGAACUCAUCGUUACCGAUAAACUUAUGGGAGAGGAUUGGCAUUGCGAAUAUGAUUCUUCUUAUAUCGAAGCAUUAACGCAUAAAACUGGAAAUUAUAAACAAUUCGAUGUAUUUAUUAUAAUGCUUAAAUCUGGGCUUCUCAAGACGAGCGAAUGCAUUAGCCUGGAUUUACUUACGAUUGAAGAUUUAGAAGAAUUAAGAAAUAAAAAAAUAAUAAAUUCAUAUACCACAACAUCAUCAUCUAGAACAAAUCAUAAUUUAAAUUUAAAUAAAAGAUAUUUAAUAUUAACGUAUUCCGUUGAAUUUGACAGAAUACAUUAUCCGCUGCCGUUAGACUAUUGUGGUCCACCCAAUCCGAGCAUAUUACAAAAUAAUAUAAGAAGAUUAGAAGGAGAAAUUGAAAGGCUCAAACAAAUAAAUAUAAAUUUAUGUAAAUCAGAUGAAAAUGAAACGAAAAAACUUUAUGAAAAGAUUAAAAUUUUAACCGAUGAAAAUGUAUAUUUAACAAAUGAAAAUCAUAGAUUAAAUAAAUUACUAAAUAGAAAAGAAUGUCCGCGUAAAACGACCAUGCAAACAUUACAUAAUUCGUUGAAAAAAUUAGAAGAAAAAGUUAUUUACGAAAGGAAUAAUAAUUAUAAAUCCUUGAUUAAAUUAAGAGGAGAAAAUCGUCGAUUGAUGCAACAAGCAAAAGAUUAUAAAAAUCGAGAAAAAAAUUUAAAGGUAAAAUUAAGAGAUGCAACGAGACAAAAUAUAUAUAGAGGUUGUAAAAGGAAUUAUAAAAAUUAUUUAACACCGGAUAAUUCACCAGAUAGGAAAAAAAGUUCUGAACGUUCAGAAACUAUGUAUCAACCUUUUCACAAAGGAAAAACUAGUCCCACGACGGAUGUAAAAUGUAAAAAAAUAGAAACGUUUAGAAAAGUUCGUAAUAGAUUUUUAAGCAGUAGCAGUUCAGAAUCUGGUUCCACGAGAUUUUCAAGAGUAAGACAAAGAGAAACGACGACAUUAUCUCCCGGUGGACCUGGUAAAACGACAAUCAAUAGCAAAAUAAAUAUAAAAUCUAAAAAUGGUUCCAUGAGUAGGAAUAGCAGCGAAGAUGGUAGUUGUAGGAAAAAACAACAAUCGGAAAAUUCAUCGUCGAAAAACACGUUGAAACGUUGUGGCAACGUUCGAGAAGGUGAAAAUUCGCAAAAGAAAAAUCGAAGCAGAGAUAGUUCGUUAAGUUCGAGAUGUUCGUCCAAACAUUCGAAAUUAUCCAACAGGGGAUCCGGGGAUCAUCAUCAUCAACAUAAUGAUAAUAAAAAAACAAAAUCAUCUUGUAAAAAAAUUGAUACGAGUAAAGAAGAUCUCAAAUUGAGCGUUUCCGAUAUAGAAACGAGAAUUCAUGCCUUACAAAAAAUUUUAGACGAGGGAUUAAAUUUUUAA